AAACAAAAAUGGUGCUCGAAUCGACUGUGAUCUGCAUUGACAACAGCGAGUUCAUGCGAAACGGAGACUUCAUCCCGUCUCGUUUACACGCACAGCAAGAUGCAGUCCAGCUAGUCUGUAACGCCAAAACACGCGGAAAUCCAGAAAACAACGUCGCCUUAAUGUCUAUGGCUGCAGAAAGCCAUCCUAAAGUAUACAGCACUCUAACUACGGAUGUGAACCGAAUUAUCAGUCACCUAAGUCAGAUCCAACCAGAUGGUGAUUAUAAGUUCCUAACGGGCCUCAAAGUUGCCCAAAUUGUGUUAAGAAAUCGACAGGGCAAAAAUCACAGACAAAGAAUUGUGGCUUUUAUUGGGAGUCCAAUUGAAGAAAACGACAAAGAACUGACAACGUUGGCAAAAAAAUUGAAGAAAAAUAACGUGAAUGUGAAUAUCAUCAAUUUUGGCGAAGAGGCCAAUUGUGAGAAACUGCAGACAUUUGUUUCUACUUUAAACCAGGGCAAAGAUGAACCGGGAUCCCAUUUUGUGAAUGUUCCCAGUGGUUCGAAACUGAAUGAAGCCCUGAUGCAGAGUCCGGUGAUUUCAGAGGACGGAGGGAUGGGCGGCGGAGCUGGUGGAGGCAUGGAUCCGUCUGCGUUUGACCCGAACGAGGAUCCCGAACUGGCGCUGGCUCUGAGGGUCUCGAUGGAGGAGCAGAGAAAGGCACAGCAGGAAGAGGAGAGGGCGGGAGGGGCACCCAUGGAAACAACUGUGGGCCUGGAAACGCCGGCUGGUGCCCCUGCAGUAGCUACUCCAGUUGCAGGCCCCCCUGCUUCAUCAACUGGGGGUGCUGGCGGGGGUCAGUCGGAAGACGCUCUUCUUCAGCAGGCGCUGAGUCUGUCGAUGGGAGGGGUUCCUCUGCAGAAGGAUCUGAGUCAGAUGACGGAGGAUGAGCAGAUCGAAUUGGCACUCAGGAUGUCCAUGCAACAGGACGAAGCAGCAGCUGCAGCAGGAACUGCAGAUGCCGCAGCAGUAGAAACUUCCUCACAACCUAUGGACGCCACGCCAUCCUCAACAGCAGCCGCCGGAGGAUCAGAUUCGAAGACGGAAAAGGACGACCAGGAAGACGAAGAGGAAUUGGACGCCGAGAGCCUCCAGGCAGUUCUGGCAUCACUUCCUGGCGUGAACCCCGAUGACCCCCAGAUUAAGGAACUUCAGGAGCAGCAGAGGAAAAAUAAAAAGGGAGAGGGAGAGAAAUGAAGUGGAAUCAUUUUUAAAUAGUUGAUUGAAGAGAUAAAGAUAACAUUGGCAAUAAUGUGUUGUAUAGUCGAUAGAUCAUAUCGGUCAUAUUUUGCUCCCUAUUUGAAUAAAUUGAUAACUGGAAAACAAGUUUAAAAAUGAAAAGUCAAUGUUUAUCUUGCUAUCGUCCCAAGUUUUGUUAGCAGCCUCCAUUUCAUUUUUUUUGGCUAGGUAAGCAAGGGCGCAAAUUUUUUUCUGAGUCAAAAUUAUAUGUGAAUUGAUUGUAGUUUUUUUCGCAAUGUUGAAGCUGGGAUGUUUACUUUGAAAGUGUUAACUUUAAUUUUACAGAUUUGUCAUUU